UGCGGGCCACCUUGGUGCAUCAGGAGGAUGCUGUAGCAACCUGAGCUGCCAGCGUGCAUUUUCAGUGGUUCGGACUCCUGGCUCAUAAUAAGUGCUCCGAUUCCCAGCUCUACUCUGCAGUUCAUGACCACCGGUUUUCAGCUUUCCUCUGUCUUUGGAACAGGAACGCUGCCCACGACUCGGGAGGAUGAAGGUCAUCACUUGCGAGAUCGCCUGGCACAACAAGGAGCCGGUGUACAGCCUGGACUUCCAGCACGGCGCGGCCGGGAGGGUCCACAGGCUGGCGUCCGCGGGCGUGGACACCGCCGUGAGGGUCUGGAAGGUGGAAAAAGGACCGGAUGGAAAGGCCAUUGUUGAAUUUUUGUCCAAUCUGGCCCGCCACACCAAAGCCGUCAAUGUCGUGCGCUUCUCUCCCAAUGGGGAGAUUUUAGCAUCCGGAGGAGACGAUGCGGUCAUUCUGCUGUGGAAGGUGAACGACAGCAAGGAGCCUGAGCAGGUGGCCUUUCAGGACGAGGACGAGGCGGAGCUGAACAAGGAGAACUGGACGGUGGUGAAGACGCUGAGGGGCCACCUAGAAGAUGUGUACGAUAUCUGCUGGGCCACCGAUGGCAAUUUGAUGGCUUCUGCCUCUGUGGACAACACGGCCAUCAUCUGGGACGUCAGUAAAGGACAGAAGAUCUCGAUUUUUAAUGAACAUAAAAGUUAUGUACAAGGAGUUACCUGGGAUCCUUUGGGCCAAUAUAUUGCGACCCUGAGCUGUGAUCGGACCCUGAGGGUGUACAGCACACAGAAGAAGCGCGUGGCUUUCAAUGUCUCGAAGAUGCUGGCGGGUGCGGGCACCGAGGGAGAGGCCAGAAGUUACCGGAUGUUUCACGACGACAGCAUGAAGUCGUUCUUCCGGAGACUGAGCUUCACUCCCGACGGCUCCCUGCUGCUCACCCCAGCCGGAUGCGUGGAGUCUGGCGAAAAUGUAACCAACACCACGUACCUCUUCUCCAGGAAGAAUCUGAAAAGGCCUGUGGCGCAUCUCCCGUGUCCCGGAAAAGCCACGCUUGCUGUCCGCUGCUGCCCCGUCUACUUUGAGUUGAGGCCGGAGGCGGAAACAGACGGGCCGGCCCAGGGGCCGCUGGUGCGCCUGCCCUACCGCGUGGUGUUCGCUGUGGCUUCCGAGGACUCCGUGCUCUUCUACGACACCCAGCAGCUCUUCCCUUUCGGCUACGUGUCCAACAUCCACUACCACACCCUGAGCGACAUCUCCUGGUCCAGCGACGGGGCGCCCCCGCCACGGAGGGUCACCCUGCACACUCUGCAGGCCUGGAGCAAGACACCCCGGAGAGUGACCGUGAUGCCCUUGAAGACGGACGCCCCGAAUUCUGCGCCAGGCGGUGUGGUUUCCGCCCCGCCCACGGAGGUCCAGCCAGCCUUGUCGGUGAACGUUUCAGAGCCGCCUGGAGACAUGCAGGUCAGCCCCCCAGAGCGGAAGCGGCCGAGGCCUGCGGAGGACAGAGGCGGCGCCCAGGGGCGGGAGCCGGGGGGAGACCUGGCUUGUGCUUGAAGGCUGCACGGCUGGGGACUCCCAGCGCUCAGGGAAGUGCCGACGACCCCAGUCCGGGCCGUCAGAGGAGCCUGGCGGGCCCCCAACCUGAUUCCUGGACCAAGUUGCACGUGGCCAGGGUCCCCCAGCGAAGGGUCUGCUCCUGCCUUCGCGUGAGUUUCCCUGGGACGCGGACAUGUCACCGGGCCAGCCCUCCCCUGACGCGUUUCUGGAGCUGGACCCGUCCAACAUUGUCCGGUGUGAACACCGGUCGCUCCUCCCUGAAACCCUGCGGAAGUGAGACCCUCACGGGGGCAGUGAAUGCCGGGUGUUCGAAUGGUUAUUAGAUUUCCCUUGUGCAUAGUGGGUUAACUUUGGUUUGUUCUAUUUGCGUUCUGAUUUUAAAGGUAAUAAUGCUCGUUCUAAACAGUUAUUAAACCGGCGUGAAGGGGAAAAGCAGUUGGGGGUAGGGAGCUUCGUCAUCCCAUCCCCUGCUUUGGCAUAAAGACUGUUUUAUUCUUUUUAAGGAGAGAGGUGAGAUUUUACUUGAGAUACAAUUUGGUAUCCAAAUAGGUUAACUUUUUAGGUUGAUUUUUCAAAGAAGAAAAAGUAACUUAGUCAUUUA